UGAUUAGUAUGCCAUAAAAAUACGCCUAGAAGGCACCCUAUCUUAUCUGUAAAGCUCUAUUCAACCUUUAAAGUGCUAGUCCUGGUCCUCCUGGAAGGCUUGUUGACAAAGGAAAGCAGAAAAGACUGUCUCUUGCUAGCCAUGUUAGUAUCCGGAGGAUCGGAAUAGCCCCGGUAGGGUCGGAAUAGCCCCAACAACUAGGUCAGUGAAAGUACUGUUUUCAUCCAAAGUUGAAGCUGAAUUUUGCUGAUUUCAAGAAAGUACAAAUAGAAUAGACAAAAUAGAACUCAUUGAUGAAUAAAGUAAAUGAAAUAAAGCAAAAAAGACUGCAGAUGGAGAAACUGACUGCAAUUGAAGUUGUUGAUGAUAGUAAGAGAGAAGAAUUGAAAGGUUUCUUAUACAAACACCUGCCUGACACAAUAGAGAUUAUACGUGGAUUAAAGUUAGCAAAGGAACUCAAUGCCAAAGUUUUCACUGAUGACAGCUGGCCUGAUGUAAAAACUGUUAUCUAUACUUAUAAUGAAGGAGAAAUUACUAUUAUCUAUCCAUUUGGUACUGAUAAUUCAAAAACUGCUGUUAUAUUAAAGUCUGUUAUUGAUUCACUUCUGGAAAAUGCACAGCAACCAAUGAUUACUGGCAGUGAAGAUGUUUUUCAAGAAUUGAAGAAAUUAGGGAUGGAUCAAAAAUUUACUGUACCUACAUUUCGAUAUGUUUACACACAGGAUAACACAAAGAUCAAUAGACCAGCUCUUCCUGAAGGAUAUACAAUUGAUAGCAUUCACUCGUCUGAUGUUGAGUAUGUUGUAUCAAAAUGGAAUUUAGCUAAAAAUAGUCUCAAAUUUAAACAGUUAAUCAGACAUUUCAUUGCCCAUCAUCCAAAUGCUGCGAUUUAUGAUACAUCAACAGAACCUCCUCGUCCAGUUUCCUGGAGUCUAUCAUCAGGACUAGGUAUCCACUUCCACUUAUUUACUGAUGAAGAACAUCGUCGGAAGGGUUUAGCUUUUAUGGUUAUAACAGAAAUGACACAAAAGAUAUUGGCCAAAGGGAUAACUCCAGUAUGUUAUGUUUAUAUUGACAAUAUUAAGGGCCAAAAAUUCUUUGAGUUUAGUGGAUACACUAAUACAGGAUCACUUGUGGUUCAUCAGAAAUUCUAAUGCCAAAUUUAAUGAUAAAUCAACUUUAAUUAUAAGCUAAUUAAUUCUCAUGUACUUGUAAAUUAUGCACAUACAUAGUGUACAUACAUGUAUAAACAUUAAUGUGUGUGAGUGAGUCUAAGGAGACAAUAAUCAUUUGUAACUUUUUUUCUAUAAUUUGUCAUUAAAUUUCUAAAGACUUGUAAACAUUGUACAUGUGCAUAUCAUAAUGUUUUCCCAUAAUAACAAAAGUGAACAACAAGAUA